UAUCUGUUCAGAGCUUGAAUAUAGGGGAAGACACACCUGUGAGGAGAGGCAGGUGAGCCGGGAGGUUGGAUACAGGCAAUUUGACGAAUCAAAAGGAUUUGCUUUUGUGUAUCUGCAGCAGCAGUAACAGCGUUAAAGGGUAACCGCAAGGAUCUUGUCUGAAAAUGGAAUUUGAUAAUCUAAAGUCCUCAGCUGCACUCAUUUAUGAUGAGUUCAUCCAAAACGCAGACUCGCGGACAGAGAACUGGUUCCUCAUGUCGUCCCCUCUCCCCCAGACGAUCAUCAUUGCAGCAUACAUUUACUUUGUCACGUCGCUGGGGCCUCGGAUAAUGGAGAACCGCAAGGCAUUUGACCUCAAAGGAGUCCUUAUCGUCUACAACUUCAGUGUGGUCGUUCUCUCACUCUACAUGAUCUACGAGUUUGUGAUGUCGGGAUGGGGCACUGGAUACUCUUUUCACUGUGACCUGGUUGACUACUCUGACUCACCACAGGCCAUGAGGAUGGCAGCAACAUGCUGGCUUUACUACUUCUCAAAGUUUAUUGAGAUGUUGGACACAGUUUUCUUUGUCUUGAGGAAGAAGAAUAGUCAGGUGACAUUUCUUCAUGUCUACCAUCACUCCAUCAUGCCCUUCACCUGGUGGUUUGGCGUUCGUUUUGCUCCAGGUGGUCAGGGAACAUUCCAUGCUCUGCUGAAUUGUGUCGUCCAUGUUAUCAUGUACUCGUACUACGGGCUGACAGCCAUGGGCCCCAACUACCAGAAAUACCUGUGGUGGAAGAAAUACCUCACUACCAUUCAGCUGAUCCAGUUUGUUAUGGUGACCACCCACAUCUCCCAGUAUUUCUUCAUGAAGGACUGCCCCUACCAGUUCCCCAUCUUCAUCUACAUCAUCGGCCUGUAUGGCGUGAUUUUCCUGUUCCUCUUCCUCAACUUCUGGUACCACGCCUAUACCAAGGGCAAGAGGCUGCCUAAAGUUUUGCAGGCUCAGACAUGGGCACACCACACCAACGGAGUUAUGAAUGGAAAUGCCAGUCACGAAAAAGAUGAGUGACGCACGACUCGGGGGUUUUGGGGUUGACCUCAUUUACGUAAGCAAACCACUGUGGUAGUCUGAGAUUCAACCCCAAUUUGUUUGGACUUUUUUUUUUUCUUUCUUUCUUUCUUUUUUUUUUUUUAAAUUGCUUUUCUAUUUGCAACUGCAAAAGACAAUCUUUAAAUUAUGACCAAAGCAAUAUUUAAGACCUAAGCUGAAGGGUUUAUUUUAUUUGUUUACACUGAAGGUAGAGCCCAAGUUCUGCUAUGGAGUCUCCAAAUAUCCCUCCAUUUCCGCUACAGGAUCUUUUGUUUAUUUUUUGUUUCUUCCUCAAGUUUGAAGAAAUCGACUUCACUAGUCACACCAAUAUAGGGCUUCACCUAUGGUAAGACUGCAGGACCCUCAGCUGUACAGUCAUACUGGGCCUCCUCAAAAAGCUCCUAAUCUGAGAUCUUUUUUUUUUUUUUUUUUUUUUUUUUUUUUAAAGCUUAUGUGACUCAGAAGACUUUUAGGAAAUCCAGUUGAAGUUUUUUUUUUUUUUUAAAGUUGUGCACUGAAAAGUUAAGGGUUGUUAAUUUCACUAGGCCUAAAAUGAUCUGACCCAUUUUGAGUCAACAUUUUAAAAAUGAUUAGGCUACACAUGUCCCGUUGUUGUUAAAAGGUUACAUGCAUGCAGAACAGGGUGUUUUAGGUUUGAUCACCUAUGCAUUGCCUCUUCUCUGGCUCGAGUCACAGCUGCUGCUGAUGGUAAUCACUCAGUGAAAAGAGCUGUCUUUGAACACUGUCAGUUUAUUCUCCUGUGAAGCGAUGGCAAUUGUGUGACAGAUACCAGAGAGGAAGGCUAAUGGACCACUGUGGUUCUUGUAGGAUCCGGAGAAGAGCUUUAGCUACAACUUCGAUUGCUUCCUUACCAAGGCAUAUUGCAAAAUAACGCGGUAUUACUGGACCUCACUAUGCACAAUUACAUGGAUUCACUACUUAGCCAGCCAGUCAGAAAACAUUAGCAGCCUUGCUUGCCUGCUUUUGAGUAUUUUUGCUUCACAUUUUGAAGGCUAACAGUGUCUUCAAAUGGCUGGUGUCAGGCAGUGCCUUUGGACUGAGGUCUAUGGAGUAGUUUUUUUAAAAUGUAGUUACGAUGAUCUUGAACUGAAAAGUGAAUGUAACACUGCUCCUUUGGUGACUGAGGACACAGGAUCGACCUUGGUUUGGAAAGAGUUCCACCUUUUUUAUUCAGGUGCAAGCCCAUCUUAACAUUUAAGAUUUACAGAUAUAAUGCCUAAAGAUGUGGGUGAACUUUUUUUUUUUUUUUUUUUUCAGUUCCUUGUCAGAUCCCUUUAUAAUACCAUAGUUAAUACUGCAAGAAAUAUGUGACAAAUGUUUAUAUUGUAUUUUAUAUGUAUUUAUAUAAAAAUAAAUGAUCAUUGUACUUUCAAA